AAUCUCAGUAAUUUCUCAAUUCGCAGCACACGGUACGUACGCAUAUCGAGACGUAUUUGCAAUGCUUGCGCGCGAGACUGAUCUGCAAAGAUCGCUUGAUCAUUCUGUACAGUGAAGUGCACUUAGACUGCACGAUUCCAAUUUCGCUCCAUAACGUAGGCGGGAAAUCCUACUUUAACGAGGAUACACCAGCUAAUAUUAGAAGCCGUGUAGCCUGAGCGCGAUCGUAAAUAAUCGCGAUUAUUAAAAAUUCAUACGUAUCGGCGAUCGAUCGGUCGCCCGAAGGAAGAAGGAGAGGUGGCGCAGGCGGAGAGAUAACGACAAGAGAUUCAAUUGGAUUCGCGUGCACGCACGUCAUCAGUUACGGCCGGCCGCUCUUUGAAAAGUGCGUGACAUUCCGGCGACUCGUCGAAGCGUCGUCUGUUGAAUAACACGGAAUCGCGGCGGACUCUCUACCGGAGAUGGACUGAAAAAAAUGAGCACGCUGUCGAGUGCAGCCGAUAGUUAUUCGAUGUCGUAGUUGACGUCGUUGUCGUCGUCGUCGUUGCGUCGCAGUCUGUGAGCGAGUAUAAGUAUCACGCACGCGUGCACGAUAUUUCGCAUCGUGCGUCAUAGGCGUGCGAGGCGCAAUGUUUUUGCCGAAUUAAUUACAUAGCCACAGUCACGGCGAACGAGUAAUCUUUCUCGCGAUCUUCCUUCCGGCGUUCCUUUUUCCGCUAGAGGCGCGUUGCGCGUCGUCGCCGUUGCGGACGUCGCAGUUGCGGGCGCAGUUGCAGUCGCGACUCCGUGGAACCGCACACGCUCUCGGCUGUUGUCUUAUAUAUUGCAAGGGUCGCCGCGGAUGAUCAAUGGUACAUCGCACUUCGCGCCGCCGUCUUGCCUGCGACACCAUCCGUGACACUUCCUUCACGGCUAUAUUCGCAUACGACGCGAUUCGCACCCUCGACGAGAACGCAAUAAUUUGCGACGGCAAACAGCGUGCUCGAGAUCUGUGUACGAGUGUCGACUGUUAGCUAUGCAUCGUUUCUUCGCCUGUGUUCCUUUGCGCAUCACGCUCUAAUUCGUCGCCUACGCGUAAUUCAUUAUUGCAAUGGACUGAUAAAUUUGCCGUGCGAAACAAUCGUUCGAAAGGAAGAUUCACAAUGAGUUCACAACCAAUUGUGGUACCUGGUGGAGAUCAUCGCUCUCAUACAGAAGCACAUUCUGUACCAAUUGGAGGCUCAACAGAUACCUUUAAAACCAUGACACCACCAAAUGUCAGCAGGUCUUUCAGCCAACCAGCGGAUCGACAUCUUCGACGCAGCAGCAUUCAAGCACAGUCUACACCAUUACCUAAACUUCCAUCAACUGAGUCCCUUUCAACAAGCAUAAAUAUUACAGCCGGUGUACCUCCAAUGUCUCCAGGAUUAUCUGGAAUGGGUGAAGGUAGCCAAAAAGUCGACAAUUCCUCAGACAAGUCGCUGGAUUCUUGCAAAUUGACGCGAAAAGAAUCUUAUAAAGCACAGAGAAAGAAUUAUCGAAUGGAGAAGAAAAGAGUAGCCAAUGAGCUUUUAAGUUCUUUCAAGGAUCCAACUGUUAUUGUUAUGAGUGAUUGGCUAAAAGUACGUGGCACAUUAAAAAGUUGGACCAAGUUGUGGUGUAUUCUCAAGCCUGGAUUAUUAUUGCUAUACAAAAGCCCGAAAACAAAGAGCAAUCAUUGGGUUGGAACGGUACUACUUAAUACAUGUCAAGUUAUAGAACGUCCAAGUAAGAAAGAUGGAUUUUGUUUUAAAUUAUUUCAUCCUUUGGAACAAUCUAUAUGGGCCCCACGAGGACCGGAGAAUGAAACUAUUGGCGCUGUUAUGCAACCUUUGCCAACAUCCUACUUGAUCUUUCGAGCUCCAUCUCAAGCAGCAGGCAAAUGUUGGUUAGACGCACUUGAAUUGUCGUUACGUUGUUCUUCGUUAAUAGUCCGUUCGACAAGUGUGUUACCGCGUACAUUACCACACGAUACAACCACCACUCAUGAAACUCAGUGGAGCGAGGCGGAUUAUGAAAAGCAUUUUGAUGAUCACGUAUAUCUAAGUCGUUACGUUCCAAAAUCACCUACAACACCUCAAAGACGCUUGUUAUCGUGUCCACAGCCACUCUCACCUGCUAUAACGCGUGAUCCUAGAAGCGUUUGUCCCUCACCAACUCCAAUGUUUCAACAUCUUUAUCAUGCGGUUGCAUAUUGGGAAAAACAGUUAUUUGACCAAUCCCCAACACCUGGCAUAGAUCAGGAGAAUGCUACAUCUUUGAUUUCUGUUGAAGAACCAGGUGGUGAUAAUAAUCAACCAUCUGGUUUUUCACAUUUCGCUUCAGCAUCUCAUCCAGCAAUUUCCUCAGCAUGUCGCAUGACUAUUCCUUCUGUGUACGUCUUAGAGUACGACACCCAUCAAGUAGUAACGCUAGAUCCUGUGUACACCUCGCAUACAGACCUGGACGAUAUCAGUCAACCAGAGAAUGGAGUAGCAGCUGAUGCUGAAAUCAGUGCCUCGGAUAGCGAGUCUGAAGUAUCUGCCAAGGAAGAUCAAUCAGAGCCAAUUACCGAAACACCAUAUGUAUCCCAUGAGAAUGAAGUUCUUGGAGCGGCUGGAGAAGUUGUUGCAGAAUUACAAGAAGAACAAAAAUCUUUGAUAUGGUUCUUACUAAAACAAGUUCGUCCUGGUAUGGAUUUGUCUAAGGUUGUAUUACCAACUUUUGUCUUGGAACCACGUUCAUUCCUGGAAAAACUUGCUGAUUCAUAUUAUCACGCUGAUAUAUUGUCCCAAGCAGUAUUGGAGGAUGAUGCAUUUACACGUAUGAAAACUGUAGUGAAAUGGUACUUAUCAGGAUUUUACAAGAAACCACAAGGCCUGAAAAAGCCAUACAAUCCACUUUUGGGUGAAACAUUCCGCUGCUAUUGGCAACAUCCUAAUGGUUCAAGAACAUUCUAUUUAGCCGAGCAAUUAUCGCAUCACCCACCUAUCUCAGGAUUCUAUGUGACAAACCGUCAAGAUGGAUUUACUAUUAGCGCUACAAUUAUUGCAAAGUCUAAAUUUUAUGGAAAUUCAACCUCUGCAGUUUUAGAUGGAGUCGCUAUAUUGACAAUGCUACCAAGAGGUGAAGAUUACACAAUGACGAUUCCUUAUGCACACUGUAAAGGUUUACUUAUGGGAACGUUGUCCAUGGAACUUGGCGGAAAAGUGAACAUAAUAUGUGAGAAAACUGGCUAUCAGUCAGAAUUAGAAUUUAAACUGAAGCCAUUCCUUGGCGGUGCAGAAUUAAUGAAUCAAGUUGUGGGACGAAUACGUCUAGGAAAAGAAACUCUUGCUACUAUAUCCGGAUAUUGGGAUGGACAAAUUUCUAUAACGGAUAAGCGAACAGGGCAAGAAAGUGCAUUCUUCAAUCCAACUUCCGAAGUACGCAAGAAUAGAUUAAAGAAAUACACUGUCCCUAUGGAAUAUCAAGGACCGUGGGAAAGCGAAAAAUUAUGGCAUGCUGUUACAGUAGCUAUUGAUAAUGAUGAUCAAGUUGCAGCUACUCAAGCUAAAACCCAACUUGAAGAAGCACAAAGAGAACGUGCCAAAGAACGGAAAAUCUUAGGACAGGAAUGGGUCCCGAAAAACUUUGUUCAAGAUAUUAUAACGGGAAAUUGGGUCUAUCGCCAUGCUGACGUAAGACCAUGGGAUCCGAGAAAUGAUGUAGUACAAUAUGAAGAAAAUUACGUAGUGCGCACAAAAACUAGACACAAAACACCUAUUAUGCGUACUGGUAGUAUUGUUUCUACUGAACCGCAAUCACAGAUUCCAUUGUUACAAGCUGAAUCGCGUUCUUCCUUAUCAGUGCUCAAAUCUUCAAAGAGACAACUAUCUAACAAUAUGCCUCUGACAGAGACAGCUCAUGAUUCUGGAAGCUCAUCCGCGGAAGCACAUACCGAUUCUAGUCAAUCGUUAGGAAAAAGAAGACGUUCAACUGCUAGGAUAAUAGACAUAAUAAAAGAAGUAGAACAUCAAAUGCUAGAGCACAGUGAGAAACUAAAUCGUAUACAACACAUUGUAGAACAAGUUGCAAAAAAGCAAAGAGAAUAUGCUGAACUACAACGCAACAAAAAUCUAUUUAAAAAUUUUAUGGAUGUUGUAUUUAUAUUAAUUACUGCUUUUUUCACGUCAUACUUGGCAAACAUAUUUCGUGAUUCAACUAAGGGUUAAAAUGUUUAUUUUCAGAGAAAAAUAUAAUUUUUAUUUCAAGUCACAUACAACCUGUAUUUGACACAUUCAUCGAUACAGAAGUAAAGUAUUAAUAGAAUAUCAAGAGUCCUAUGUAGAUUCAGUGCAAUGGUAUUUUGUUAUAAUUCCAGCAAUAUGUGAUUUCAACUACAGAACUAACAAUCCAUAUGAGCUUAUAAUGUAUAUAGAGCUUAUAUAAUAUACGAGAAGAUAUAGAUUUUAAAUUACUGAUUUAAUUUUUAUUACAAUCAGUAUCAGAAUGUAAUAUAACUAUGCGAAUGUAAAAAUGUUAAAACCUCAAUCCAACUAAUUUAUUGUAAAUCUGCUAUAUUUAGUUCCAUACUGUAUGUGUAAUCGUGACUGUAUUCCAAUAUGAAAUUAUUCCACAAUAUCAAAUUUAUAAUAACAUUCUACUCUAUAAGACGCAUUUAUGCUUUAUAUGAUUUGGUUAUUUUGAUACUGGAUAUUUGCAUUGCAUAGAACAAAUCGAAUGUCUUAUAUUGAAACAAUGUUAAUAAAAAAUGUUUAAUAAUUAAAUAUUUAAUUAAAUUUGAUUAAAUAUUUAAUUAGCUAAACAAUAAUAUAUAAGAAGCAUAUGAAAGAGAUCUUGCAAUAUAUUAUAUUUACUGUUAAGCUCGUUCAUGUGUUAUUCAAAUAAUACCACGCAAUAGUACCGAAUUUGUACAUAUAAAAGAAUUUAUGCGAUCUGUAUAACAUUACAUUCGACAAUUAUUAACAGUUUUUUUAUCAGUAAGCGAAUUUAUGUAAUUUUUGGAAAUUUUAAAUUCAAUAAAAUAUAGUAUAGUUUAA